CCUACAUUGAACCGAGCCAAACAGUUCAGUCAUCAGCGCGACGUCGUACCGUACGGACGUUUCCCACAACUUUCAGGGCUCUGUGGGGGAAGACUUUUUUUUUGUUUAAUUUCGUUUGUUGAAAAAUUUGAGAUUUUUCAUUUAACCGGAGGACACAGUGCUUGAAAGGAUUCACACGGAUUCCGAAUUAUCGGCGAUUUUGUCAAAGUGAAGUUCGACGAUAUAUUAUUAUUGUUAUUUUAAAGCGGGGAAUUUAACCGUUUUCAACUGCUUGUGAUCAAGUUGUUUUUUUUUUUACUGUUGGUGAAUUUAACGGAAAUUGGACUCGGAUUCGUCUUCUUUUUUUUCGCCGUUUGUUGAUAAUAAAAGGAUUCCGCCAAAGUGGAUCUCGGUAACGGCGCAACAUUGCGCUCGGAGAAAAGUUUAACAAUUGAUGUUCUGAGAAGACGAAUUAUGGUGGCUGAGUUCAUUGCCCGCCAGAGUGGAUCGCCCAUAAACGGUGAAACCGCCUGUUUAAACGGCAACAUGCCAGCGAGUCAUACGAUGGCCCAUCCGGGUCAUGGGCCGCACACUGGGCAUGAUGUUCAUGGUCAAAUGCCAAUGAGCCAUCAGAAUCAUCAUGGCCAGCAGCAUCAGCCGAGCCAACAGCAGUUGCAGCACCAGCAGAGUCAAUCACCGGUUCAGCAGCAGGCACAAUCACAUCACCAUCAUCCCCAGGGUCAAGGCCAACAGCAGGGACAACAGAUGCAUCACGAUUCGCAGGUGACACAUCCCGAAAAUUACCCCCCAAACUUUGACAUAAGGAAGGAACUUUUCUCACAGCGCAAGCAGCGCGAAUUUAUUCCUGACAACAAGAAGGAUGACAGCUAUUGGGACAGGCGUAGACGCAACAACGAGGCGGCCAAAAGAUCCAGGGAGAAGAGGCGAUUCAAUGACAUGGUGCUGGAGCAGAGGGUCAUGGAGCUCAGCAAGGAGAAUCACAUUCUCAAGGCCCAGUUGGACGCUAUCCGGGAUAAAUUUGGUAUAUGCGGUGAUCAGGUGAUAAGUGCUGAACAUGUUCUCGCAGCACUACCAUCCGAGCCAACGAUGAGUGUCAAGAGGGCCAAAUUACCACCAUCAGCAGCCCUCCUGUACGCGAGAACUCCAAGUCCAGUUCACACAUCAGUCAUUCAUCAACCAGUCAGUGGUGCCAGAUCACCAAGAUCACCGGCCCAACUGUAUGUACCAGAGACGAGUGCCUAUCCAGAGACUGAAAGCUUCCAGUAUCCUUAUCCUCAUCCAGCGAUGCACUUCGACACGACAAGUGCACUCAAUCUCUCGAGGGGUAGACGAGCUCAGUCGCCCUUUGAAUUGUCAUCUGGCAGUGGUGACGAGAGUACACAGAUUGUCACUGCUCAGAGUGCAACAGCCAGCAACAGUCUACCCCACAAAUUGAGGCACAAGUCGAGAAUUGGCGAUAAAGAUGCUGCCAGUGCACUUCUUGCAUUGCAGGGCAUCAAGCAGGAGCCCGGUCCCAGGGCGUCGCCACCCUGGGACAAUGAGGGCUCCAGUGAUGAGAGGGAUUCUGGUAUAUCACUCGGGGCUGAGUGGAAUCCAUCUACCAAUGUUACAGCUGUUCCUGAGACUGAACGAGAAGUCAAAUCUAGGCUUGAUAGACUCGCAUCUGAGGUCGCAUCACUACAGUCAAUUUUGCGUCUGGGUAAGGCUGGUGAAACACAUCCAGGUCAGAUUAAUCAUCAGGGCACGACUACAAGCAUCACAAGCAGUACCGGGGCUGGCUCUGGACUACAAUGAAGCUGAUUUAAAUCCUACGUUAUUUUUUCGUUUUUUUUUUAAACGCUAAGUUUAUCGUCGUGCCAAGAUUCAACCUUGGGGUUCUACUCGAUAAUGUACCGUUCAAUGGCUGUCCAGUCGUGGCGUUAAUUUUACGCCUUCGUGAGAAUAAUUUUAGAUUUAAUACACUCGACGAACGUUAUUCUACUCUCAAGUUAAAUCGUCGUAUUAAGGAGAUAGAAUUAAUUGUUUACUUGAAAACAAUCGUUUCAAUUGUCCCCAUCCCCCUUACCCAUCCCACUUUCAUUUCUGUCAUUGUAGGUUCUAUUAUUAUGUUAUUGUGUUAUUAAUGUUUAGAGAAAAUUAAUCGAGUUUCGCGAAUUGUUGUUGUGACAUUUUAAUCGCGCAACCGGCUAUCCACUACCAUCAGAAUUUUAUCACCAGCGAGAGGUAGAUUAAAUUAAUAUUCAAUAUACACUCGCUAAAACCAAAUUCUUUCGUUUAGUUCUUCAUUUUUUAAGAUUAAAAAAAAUCUCAUUGAUUUAUUUCAAUUUUCUCUUUAAUUUCUCGUGAGUUUUGUAAAUAUUUGAAUGCCCACGGUGCUUCGAUGCAUGAUUAUUCGAAGAUGAAGACACUUAACGUUAAAAUGGAGUGUAAUUGUUUUUUUCUUUAUUAUUUUUUAUUAAGGAAAACAAGGCCCGUAAUCGAUAGAAUUUUGUAUAAAGUAUUAAGCGGAGCCCUGUGAGUAUAUGUAAUAUUUAUAUUUGUACACGAGAUAAAUAUCUAAUUAUUAACAGAGAACCCUCCCUUUCCUAGAAUCUGUGUAAAUUUUAAAUGGAAAAUUUAAACUAAAUUUUCUAUCGCACAUUUGAAAUUAAUCGUAAUCUUGGUGGACAAAAUGAUUGAUUAUUGAAAUUACGAUUUAAUUUCAUUAUCGAUGAUUUUUCGUGGCUGGAAAUUGUAACAUGGAGAUUUAUUUUAACUUGAGAUAUACCUCCCCCACGAGAAAUCGUCAAUUGUAUUAUAAAACGAAUGAAAUCAGUACCAAGUACUAAAUUAGUCGAUAAACAAAAAUCGUGCGUGCGGAAUUGUGUGGAGAAUAUUAUACACCAAUCUACGUAAAAAAAUACGAUUAAGAUUCCCCAUACAUCACCCUUUAACCCUCAUCCUCCCCUAUCCCUAAAAAAUUAUUUAUUACAAUUAACAAUUCGUAAGUAGGAGAGUAUCGACGGCUUUUUGUCCUUUUUUAAGACGAUGAAAAUAACAAAGGGCGCUUAUGAAUACAAAAAUUGUGGUGUUGACGCAGAAAAAAAAGCUAAUGAAUUCAUUUGAAAAUCGAAAGCCCCCAAUGAGCCCAACACAAGACUGUUUUAUUACUGUUUCAGUGUUCUUAUCAGGAACACAGAAGACAUUGGUUUUUUUUUAUAUAAUGAAAUUGUAGAAGCAGAUUCAACUGAGGUAAAUUUGUAAUUAUAAUGUGGAAAUAGUGUAAUAAAAGAUAUUCAUAUGAUGAAAGGACUGGUGAGAAUAAAAUUAAACUGCAAUGAAAUCGUCUCCUGUAUCAGUUAAUCCAUAAACUGAUAAUAACACAUUCAAUUGAAUCCAUGCAAUACUAAUAAGCCUUUGAAUGAUAUUUUUGUAAUUGCCUACACAAUUUCAAUGAGUACUGAGCAUUGAAUCUAUGGAACAAUUUAUCCAGAAUUAUCAAUGGUUGAGACACAAUAGCAAUGACCAAUUUCUAUAGAAUUGAAGAACCACCAGUGCCUGGUAUCAAACGAAUGGAAUAAAAUUCAGAAAUUACGUAGUCGCUAUCGACAAUCUAUUCAGAUGAAAUGAUGAUUAUUGGAAUUAUUCGAGAACAAAGUAUCGUUUAAUUGUACAUUAUAUAGGCUCUAGUCGCGGGAAAAUUUUUGCACUCAAAUCCUCUUAUCUGUGCAUCUUAACUGUGGGCGUUAAUUGUUUUUAUUCUUUCAUUGUCAAAGAUUCAUCUGUAGCUUUUUACUAUUCAAAUAAAAUAUUUGUAAAUAUCUCUGA